AUGUCGAGUAAUAUAUUAGCUGUCUUCAAUCCUCCACCAGCCAGAGAUAUGGAUAAAAGUGAAUACCAGGACUGUUUACCAUGUCAAAUAAUGAGCUCCUUUUUUGCUAUUGGGUUUGGUAGUUAUUUAGCUUCUGGGAAGCCCUUUAAAUACGGUGAGAAAGAACGUAAAGCUGGUAUGAGUUUAGCUGACUUUGAUAAAAGAAAUCCAAAGUGGUGGAGAGGUACCAUGCGUGGAUUAGGAGGUUCUUUAGUAGUUCUAGGUGUUAUCAGAGGUACAGAAGGGUGGAUGUGGAAUAAAGACAAGCAAUAUAAGAAAAUACUAAAUAAUGAUGAUUAA